AUGACCUAUUCGCAGAUUGUAUUAUGGCGACUUCUACGGCUGCGACUUUCGCUGUGGCGCCUUUUGUUGCCCCUCCUGCUGUGGCUCCUUCUGCUGCAGCCGCACUGCUGCCUCGACGCGGAGACUAAGCUGGCGAAGCUGAAGAAACUCAUAAACAAAAAGAUCAAGAUUGACAUUAAUGAGAAGUACCAACGCGAGAAGGAGAGGAAGAGUACCAACCAAUACAUUUCCUUUCUGUACAUUCAUGAGCUGACCGCCAUCGACUAUGUGGAGUAUGUAUUAAAUAAAUCAGACGACUACGAUUGCGUCUUGUUCGUGAUGGACGUGGAGAGUAACAAUGGGGUAUCUAUGUUUGACAGGAAGAAUCUCAUUCUGUUGGAGAUGUUUAACCGCGUGGCGCGGGAUUUCAUUCUGGGAAGCUUCUCUCUUUACAGCGAGGGGGGAAGCAUAGGGUGGAAGGGACACAUCCCUUCCUCAACGCCAAUCUUCUUCUUCUAUAUAAACCUUCACAAGCCGACGAUUCUCCCCCUCAAAUACGUCAACGCAAUAGAAGAGGUGCCCGAGUUCUUCUACGUAGGAAAGGAGACCUUUCUCCAUUUGGACUACUACUCUAAGGUGCGCCCCAGUUAUAUGCUAGAGAGUUACUUAAAGAUGAAGCGGCUAAGCGGAAGUGACAAAGCAGAGACGAGUAACAAAAUGAUUGAAGCGUAUUUCUCAGAUUUUAUUCAGACACAUAACAGGGGUGGUGCUGCUGGCGGCAGUGGCAGUGCCAUUUGCAGUGCUGGUUACGGGGCGAUGCCCACCCUUCUGGAAGCUAACUACUUGGGGAAGAUACAAAGAUACCUCCUAACCAUUGCCCUGGCUGUAUUGUUCCUCCUUCUGUAUUUCCUCCUGCAGCUGAUCCAAAGAUGGCCCUGCCUCAUGUUUGUCUGUUCAUACGUCUUGUUCCUGAUCUGCCUCAGUGGAAUCUUCCACUGUCUGAUUAACAAAUCUGAGCUUUAUAACACAGCGAAGAAUCUGGAUUCCAUUCUGCACAAAUAUAUAUACCGUUCUACCAGUGCUCAGUAUGUAUACGAAGGGGUGGCCUUCUCGUUGUUUAUUUUUUUCAUCACUUUUGCGUUGCUCCUCUUGUGUCGUCACUCCAGCAACAGGUUUAUGACGCGGGGGGGGAGGAACUUGUGGUUGGCGCUGCUCCUCCUCGUCACGUAUGCUUCUCUCGACGUCAUCCACGAGAUGAAUCUGUACAAGGUGUACUAUUCUACUUACUUCUUCUUCCCUCCGACGAAGUUUUUUCGCAAGUGA